AUGUUCAGACUCAUCAGACCUAGUCACAAAUUAUUUACGCGUAAUUUUCCUGUAAUUCUUUCACAGAACAAUCGCGGGCUUGUGAGAAUGUCUUCAUCUGCCAAUGCCGGGGAAAAUGGCGCCUUCAAGCCAGUGGUUGAGAAGCAGGCCCAGGACCUUCCUGGACGUGAGAAAGAUAUGCAACCCACGAGUGAGGCAACUAAGCUCGAGGGUAAAGGGCAGUUCCACGAGUACAAGGCUGCCGGAAAGCUUAGCGGAAACAAGGCUCUAAUCACUGGCGGAGAUUCCGGUAUUGGUCGCUCCGUUGCCGUUCUCUUCGCCCGCGAAGGUUCGGACGUCAGCAUUGUAUACUUGCCAGAGGAGCAAGAGGAUGCUGAGGAGACAAAACGACUUGUAGAGAAAGAGGGAAAGGAAUGCCUUCUCAUCCCAGGCGACCUUAUGGACAACGAAACCUGCAAAAAGGCUGUCCAGCAGCACGUCGACAAGUUUGGCAUCAUUCACGUGCUUGUCAACAAUGCUUCGAAACAAAUCAUGUGCGAAGAUUUCAAGGAAAUCGACCUGGACAAUGUCGAGAGCACAUUCCGCAGCAACAUCCUGCAAAUGUUCGCGAUCACCAAAUAUGCACUCCACCAUAUGGAAAAGGGCGCUUCCAUCAUCAACACCACUUCCACGGUAGCCUUCAGGGGUACCGCGAGCAUGGUUGACUACGCCUCUACAAAGGUUGCUAUUACUUCGUUCACUCAGUCAUUGGCGAAGCAUCUUACGCCGAAGGGUAUCAGGGUAAAUGCCGUCGCUCCUGGCCCAGUUCAUACACCUCUGCAGCCUGCUUCGCGUCCUGCAGAGCAAAUGGAAGGCUUUGGUAAAAAGUCACAGAUCGGCAGACCCGGACAGCCCAGUGAGAUAGCACCGAGUUAUGUAUUUUUGGCUUCAAAGGACUCGGAACUGUACUACGGCCAAGUUCUACACGCAUACCCCUUGGGCGAUUAG